AUGUGGAUGACAUCGGUCUGCUGUCUGGCGAUGUGUGUCCUGCUGGCCGGCAGUUUCCAAUCGGCCGCGGCCAUUACACCGAAAUCGGAACCUACGAUAUCGGAAUGUGCUGCCAAAGGAGGUGAAUGUGACGAGAGUAAAGGGCGACCGGUGUGUGGCAGCGAUAAUAAGACCUAUCCGACCCGCUGCCAUCUGAUCCGGGCGCAAUGCAGCGGGCAUCAGGUCACCUUCAAGCAUCGCGGAUCCUGCAAGGAUGUGUGCAUCGCUUCGCGGACCUACGCCCUGCAGCAGCGGGCAAAUGCUCCCUACACGAUCAAGUACGUGCCCCGCUGCCGGGAGGAUGGAACCUACGCCCCGGUGCAGUGCAUCGAUGGCGGUGGUUGCUGGUGCGUCAACGGUCAGGGUAAGCAGCUACCGAACACGAUGGUCCAGCACGGGAAACCCAUUUGCGUGAAGAAGGGCAAGUCGAACCAGCGUCGCUCGUCGCCUCGCAAUCCGAUCAGGAACAAGCGCAGUUGCAGUGGAAUCGAUCGCGCCGUGUUCAACACGAACCUUCUGAAGCUUUUCCAGAACGAGCACGUGCGCGUCAACCAGCACAACCUUACCGGGCCGAUCAACGAAAGAACCGUGUUGGACUGGAAGUUCAACAUGAUGGACCUGAACGGGAAUGACCUGCUGGACAAAACGGAAUACCGCACGAUGAAGCGACUCAUCAAGAAGGUCGUGAAACCGAAGCGCUGUGGCAGAUCGUUCGGAAAGAACUGUGACGCCGACCAGGACGAUCGACUGUCGCGUAACGAAUGGUACAACUGUUUAGCAAAGGACGACGUCACACAUCACAACCCGUCGUCACCAUCAUCAUCAUCAUCACCAAUCGCUAGUUCCUCUUCCGGUGGUUCUGGUGGACACUACACUGUCCCACAACAUCAACAACAACAUCCUCAACAACAUCAUCAUCAUCAACAUCAUCAUCAUCCUAGCACUAUCGGGGGUCUGCAGGUGCGCGGCAGUGUUGGUGGUGGUGGUGGGGUCCGCGGCGGUGGUGGCCAUUUUCUGCGCGCCGACGACGACGGCGACUCACAGAAUCUGUCGAACGAUUUCACUGACGAUGACGAUGACGAUCAUUCAGAGAAUGAGUACGAUUCGGACGAACUGCCCGACAGUGAUAAUGCACUACUGAACGGAUUGCAGUUGCCCGUUAACGGAUUGCAGCCAUACCUGUUGCUGCAAGGACCGACGAUGGUCGACCCGAAAGGUGAAGAUGAUAACAUCUUCAAAGAUAGUGAGGCCGACUCGGACUGCUUGAGCGAUCGCAAGUACGCACUGGACGAGCAGAAGUACGGCACGAACGCACUGUACGUCCCAGAGUGCACGGCCGAUGGGCGAUACCAACGCAUCCAGUGCUACCGGUCGACGGGUUACUGCUGGUGCGUCAACGAGGACACCGGCAAGAACAUCCCGGGCACGUCGACGAAGGACGAGAAACCGGUCUGCGAUCAGUACGCUUCGUCGGCGCGUCCGAUGAAGGGAUGCCCGGAGGAGAAGAAGGUCGAGUUCCUGAAGGACCUGAAGGCGUUCCUAAGCAAGCAGGUUACCACGUCCUUUGCUGGCAAAAUCAUACCCGUGUGGAACACGGAAGAGGAAAAGAUCGCCAUCCUUAGCUUCGUUCUGCUGGACAAGAACCAGAACAAGCAGCUGGAGCGUAAAGAGUGGAAAGCUUUCCGGGAGCUUGUGACCUCCACAAGGCAACUGCGCAAAUGUGGCAAGAAGAUGCCACGCUACUGUGACGUAAACAGUGACCGAAAGAUUACGCUGUCGGAGUGGAUGAGCUGCCUGGAUGGCAAGCGGAACAGUUCGGUCGAUGUGGCCGCGAUGAGUGCGCCAUUGGUGCAAGCCGAAGCGAAAGCCCCCGGCAGAAGUGGCAGCCCGGCGCCGGCCGCCACCAGCUCUAAGUUUAAGGGCCAGAAUCCGUUGGAGUUUGUACUGAAAAGCGACUAG